AUCAAAACAUACAACGCGCCCUCUUCCUCGCAGUCGUGAAUGGUCGCCAUGCGUGGACUCCGCGCACUCGAUCCGAUUUUUCGGCGUACCGUACCGUUCGGUAUCGCUCGAGGCGUGUCCACCGACGUCGAGCUCGCCGCCAAUGACGCUCUGCUUCCUAAAGCGUAUGCAUUGCUUCGAGAACCCGACGCCUUCAAAGUCAAGGAUCUGGUAUCCAUUAGCGAGAUGAUGGAAAACCGAAUGCAUCUCGGACACAAAAAAACUCUUCUCAACCCGUUUAUGAAACCCUUCAUCUAUGGCAGUCGUUUCGAUCAGCUCAUCAUCGAUCUUGAACAGAGUCGCGAGCAUAUGGUGAAGGCGUUGAAUUUCGUUGCUCAUAUCGCGUACAAUGAUGGUAUCAUCUUGCUCAUAAGUCGUCAUAAUGAAACAGCGCAUGAGGUUGAAAAAUGCGCCAUGGAAUGUAAGGAGUUCGCCCAUGUUCGACCCUGGUAUCAGGGAAUGCUGACGAACUGUGGUACUUCUUUCGGCACAGAAAUCAGAUUGCCGGAUCUGGGCUUAUUCAUAACGACCAGGGGUUCGCAAACGGCUGCGAAUGAAUUCGCAAAACUCAUGAUUCCAUCGGUUGGAGUCGUGGACACCGACACGGAUCCGCGACUCAUCACGUACCCUGUUCCCGGUAACGACGAUUCCACCGAGACCAUAAGGUACUACAUCCGUCUCUUCAAAGAAGCGAUUCUCAGGGGGAAGGAAAGACGGAAACGAGACUUAGAGGAUUCUGGGAGCAAAUCCCGAGAAGUACUGAGCUAGAGGUAGUUCAGCGAAUCGCGUGUAGAUAUAUUGAUUAGGAUUGCCGUUGAUAUAUGGAAGACCUCAGCCGAAGGAAAUAAAAUUCGUACUUUACUAU